UGCGCUCCAGGAGGGGCAACGUCUAAUGACUACGUCCUGGUUGCGCCGCCUCGCAUGCACCGCGCAGCGGACGCCGCGCUCUGAGCUGGGGAUGCUGCUGCCGCCUGCUCUUCGUCGUGUCAUGCUGGCCCACCCCUGCAGGGGAGCCGGGCUUCUGUGGAAGCACACCUCCUCCCUGACGGUGGCCAACGAGCCCAUCUUGGCAUUCACGCAGGGCAGCCCUGAGCGAGAAGCACUACAAAAGGCCUUGAAGGACCUGAAGGGCCAGACGGAAGCCAUCCCGUGCGUGGUGGGGGACGAAGAGGUGUGGACCUCGAACGUGCAGUACCAGGUGUCGCCCUUUAACCAUGGACACAAGGUGGCCAAGUUCUGCUAUGCAGACAAGGCCCUGCUCAACAAAGCCAUCGAGGCUGCCUUGGCCGCCAGGAAAGAGUGGGACCUGAAGCCUGUCGCAGACCGAGCCCAGAUCUUUCUGAAGGCUGCAGAUAUGCUGAGCGGGCCACACAGGGCAGAGAUCCUUGCCAAGACCAUGGUGGGACAGGGAAAGACGGUGAUCCAAGCGGAGAUCGACGCUGCGGCCGAGCUCAUCGACUUCUUCCGGUUCAACGCCAAGUUUGCCGUGGAUCUGGAGGGGGAGCAGCCCAUCAGCGUGCCACCCAGCACCAACCAUGUGGUGUACCGGGGGCUGGAGGGCUUCGUGGCGGCCAUCUCCCCCUUUAACUUCACUGCGAUUGGUGGCAACCUGGCGGGGGCGCCGGCCUUGAUGGGCAACGUGGUCCUGUGGAAACCCAGUGACACUGCCAUGCUGGCCAGCUAUGCUGUGUACCGUACCCUCCGGAAGGCCGGCCUGCCUCCCAACAUCAUCCAGUUUGUGCCAGCUGACGGGCCCACAUUUGGGGACACUGUCACCAGCUCAGAGCACCUCUGCGGCAUCAACUUCACAGGCAGCGUGCCUACCUUCAAACACCUGUGGAAACAGGUGGCCCAGAACUUGGAUCGCUUCCGUACCUUCCCACGCCUGGCCGGAGAAUGUGGUGGGAAGAACUUCCACUUUGUGCACCGCUCGGCUGACGUGGACAGCGUGGUGAGUGGGACCCUGCGCUCAGCCUUCGAGUACGGUGGCCAGAAGUGCUCAGCCUGUUCCCGCCUCUAUGUGCCUCAUUCGCUGUGGCCGCAGAUCAAAGCGCAGCUGCUGGAGGAGCACAGCAGGAUCAAAGUGGGAGACCCUGCAGAGGAUUUUGGGACCUUCUUCUCUGCAGUGAUUGAUGCCAAGUCCUUUGCCCGCAUCAAGAAGUGGCUGGAGCAUGCGCACUCCUCACCCAGCCUCAGCGUCCUGGCGGGGGGCAAGUGUGAUGACUCUGUGGGCUACUUCGUGGAGCCCUGCAUCGUCGAGAGCAAGGACCCUCGGGAGCCCAUCAUGAAAGAGGAGAUCUUCGGGCCUGUGCUGACUGUGUAUGUCUACCCGGAUGAGAAGUACAAGGAGACCCUGCAGCUGGUCGACAGCACCACCAGCUAUGGCCUCACGGGGGCAGUGUUCGCCCAGGAUAAGGACAUUGUCCGGGAGGCCACAGAGAUGCUGAGGAACUCUGCCGGCAACUUCUACAUCAACGACAAGUCCACCGGCUCAGUGGUGGGCCAGCAGCCCUUCGGGGGGGCCCGAGCCUCUGGAACCAAUGACAAGCCAGGGGGCCCCCACUACAUCCUGCGGUGGACGUCGCCCCAGGUCAUCAAGGAGACCCACAAACCUCUAGGGGAUUGGCGCUACUCAUACAUGCAGUGAGCCCUGCUCGGCAGCUCCGCUGUCCACCUGUCCGUUCAUCCAGGCGACUGACCUCACUGUACUGGGCCCACCCCAGGCCCUCCACCCCACCCCUCGUGGGACGGUCCCCUUUCUGCAGCGAAGGCCUGGUCCCCCGUCCCCCAGUGGCCCGUAUCCUGGUCUGUCCCAGCUGUGGUUGAGCUCAGGCUGGGGAGGAACAGGGCCUCUGCCCCUUCCCGUCGGCUGUCCUAGAGUUUCCAUCUUAUAGGUGUGACCUGGUGCCGGCUGAUUUUCUGUCCUUUUCUCCUCUUUCUUCUGCACUAUGGCCCAAUGGUUCAGGGACCCAGGGAACGGCAGUGGGGCAGUUCCCCAUCCCUUGGGAAAAAGGAGGCAGCUCUGGGCCUCUUGGCAAACCUCAGCACCCACAGAGGCUCCCGGCCUUGGCUCUGGCUUCUGCAGGUCUCCAAGAUGAGGUGUGAGCAGGGUGACCUGCAGGACUGGCGAGUCAUGGCUGCAGGGUGCAAGAGCACCAGCUGCUCUUGGCCUCUUUGAUCUAGGCUGCUCACCUUCCACACUAGCCCUUUGCUCAGACCCACCUGAGCCAGUGAGUACCUAUGCCUGACCUUAAGCCUUAGCUGCCCAUGUGCCUUUAUCCAGGGCUCCUGUGUGCCCAUGUGAUCCUGGCCACUGGAGGCCACCUGCCAAGGUGCUGGUCCUUCCUGUUUAGGCUGGGAUUUUGGAAAUCCCUGGAUGGACAUUCAUACUGUUUCAGCUUUCCCUUAGCAAGCCUGUCCUGCCCUCAGAGAUGGAUACUCUCGGAGCCUGGGUUGGCCUGGGGUUUUCCAAAAGGAGAUCAGUUUCCCACUGGCCAUGGUAAAACAGACCCAGGUAGACAUUCCCACCUUGUCCUCCCCCAGACCUCCCCUUGCGUCCCCAUCCAGACAAGGCCAAGGCUUACCCGUAGAAUCUUCCCUCCUUUGCAUGUUAGUGGCUCUGUGAGGACUGGCCCUUAGUGGCCUGUUCUUUGUCUGACACAGCCUAUCAGUGGACACCAGCAAAUAGGUUGGAUUCUGGGUGGCCAGGGAUCUGUAAGGGGUGACUUUGGAGGGCAGUUUUUAGGGGGCCCUAAGAAUU